CUUCGGAAGGCAUCAGGCUGUAGUCAAGAUAUUAUUGCGUCAAACUAGAAGACCUGAAGUUGAGACAAGUUUCCAGUCGACAUGGACAAAAGGAGUUGUUGGACUUAUUGUACGUCAAGAAGAUUUACCUUUCUCAAUAAAUGGCCUUUACUCCUGAUAUUAUCAUGAAUCCUCAUGAUUUCGAGUAGGAUGACUGUGGGUAAACUACUAGAAGUUUUGGGAAGCAAAGCGGGAGCAAUCGAAGGGAAAUUCGAGACGGCUCUGCGUUUUCAGGGAUCCUGCAGAAGUCCUUUCACAAGUUUUGAGUGACCAUGGAUACCACUACCUUGGGAAAGAAAUUUUGUAUUCCGGAGUCACUGGAGCGCCACUCGAAGCAUUUAUUUACUUCGGCCCUGUCUAUUAUCAACGACUGAAACAUAUGGUAAUGGAUAAAGUUCAUGCUCGUUCUCGUGGUCCUGUUACUGCAUUGACUCGUCAGCCUACAGAGGGUCGUAGUCGUGAAGGCGGCUUGCGAGUUGGAGAGAUGGAACGAGAUUGCUUUAUCGCCUAUGGAACAUCACAGCUACUGCUGGAACGUCUUCUGCUUUCUAGUGAUGCGUAUGAUGCUUGUGUUUGCGAGAAGUGUGGCUUGUUAGCUACAUCGCCUAAUUGGUGUCAGUAUUGUCGAAGCAGUCGUCGGGUUGUUUCUGUGCGUAUGCCUUAUGCUUGCAAAUUACUAUUCCAGGAAUUGAUGUGCAUGAGAAUCCUACCACGUCUUCGCCUAAGGACUACCUAUCAAAGUAGUGUACAAACAAGACCUGUAUAGUUUUAAAUACAAUCCCUUUUAUUAA